UACGUAGGGCGGUAUUCGAAAGUUGAAACUAAUAUCUGUUUCAGCACGCUAAUCGAAGGAUGGCAAUGACGUGUACGGAGUCAUCGCAAACUCUACUCUACGGACCCUGUUCACGGGCUCACAUCCUUCGAACCUUCAACGAAUGUCGUGAUAGCCGCCGCAGAAAUACCGAGCACGCUACGACGUGAGUGAAAGCUGCUGCAGUCGAUAACAUAUUUGCAUGUUCGAUCACCUCGUGGAUGAUAGUGAAGAGGUCCAAAUUGGGUUUCAUCACACUUGCGAUUCCUCGCAAAAAAACAGCUUCUUGCGCGAGACGUUGGAGCGGAACAGCCGCAUGGAUCGAGAGACAUGGGGAGCACACGCCCGUUGAGGUUCCGGAAGACGUUGAGCGGUCCCCCGGCUGGAGACGUUGGCAAAACACGCGAAGUCCAGAACAGCCGCUCGAUCUCCUACUGUCAAGCGACGUAAAAAUCUCGACAGACCUGCCCGCAUCCUGUGCGAUCCCUAGAAAGAUUUUGCGCGCACUGUCUCACCGUUGGUGGUCCUGUGUUGAACUCAUCGGUGGGAUGGAGUGCUCCCUGUAUGCGCAGAACUAUCGCAAAGAGGCGUGUUUCUCAGGCGACUGGACGAAUUGCGAAUAUGACCCAAGAAAUCAUACCAAAGGCGUGCAAUUCGUCUUAUAUUUGGCCAAUUUCGACAAUUCCUGGAUGCCUUGCGCAUGUGACGACUGAUUUGCCUGGUCAUCAUUCGCGUCGACAAGAUCACGAUUUUCUGUUUGUUGUACGAAGCCUAGGAAGUGCGCAUCACCGUUGCAGA